AAGGGACAAAACAGAAACGGACUCGUUCGUCAUCCUUCCCGAGAGGUCUGUGCGGAGCAGCUUCUCAGUAGUCCGCACCGCAGCAUAGAGGAGAGAUUUUCGGAGAUGAGGUCGAAGCUGAAGCUGGAGGAGGAGACAGACGGAGUGUACGGACAGUUCAUAUCCAUAUGAGAACGACGCAGGUUGUCUGAGGCUGAGAACAAUCUCACUGCCAAGUGCAAUCCCUUCAUUUUAGCCUUCUUCCGGAGCGAAGUAUGAAUGCAGCAGCUCCCGCUCUCUGCGGCAUACCUCACCUUCCAAUCUCCGGGAAGAAGAAGAAGAAGUAUUUCCCGCUUCUGACACGCAGCAGCAGCAGCAGCGACAGCAGAAGGUAUCGGAAUCGGAGUUCUCCGCUUCUGACACGCUCUGUGGCCACUGAAACUGCGGCGGCACAAAGUCUGGUGCUUUCCUCAGUUUCGGGGAAGGAGGCGGAGGAGGACGCUCCGAAUGAGCUGGGUUCGGCGGUUCCUCGUCGCCUCAUAUUGCUCCGCCAUGCCAAGAGUUCUUGGGCCGACCGCUCUCUCCGAGACCAUGACCGCCCGCUUAGCAAGGCUGGACGAGCUGAUGCUAUCAAAGUCUCCCAAAAGCUCAAAGAGUUGGGUUGGAUCCCUGAACUCAUUUUACUAAGCGAUGCAGCUAGAACAAGGGAGACCCUAAGAAUAAUGCAGGAGCAAGUGAGAAGCUUCUUGGAAGCCGAGGUCCACUACAUCUCGAGCUUUUACUCCAUAGCAGCAAUGGAUGGGCAGACAGCAGAGCAUCUUCAGAACGCUAUAUGUAAAUAUUCAAGAGACGAGAUAGUGACAGUCAUGUGUAUGGGCCACAACAAAGGAUGGGAGGAGGCCGCCUCAAUGUUUUCUGGGGCAUCUAUAGAACUGAAGACAUGCAAUGCUGCCUUGCUUGAAGCUAGUGGAAGAUCUUGGGAAGAGGCAUUUGCGUUGGCCGGGCUCGGUGGGUGGAAGCUCCAUGGCAUUGUUAAGCCUAUUCCUUAACAUAAUACCCUUGUCCAUCCCGAAACCAAGCAGCCCAACGCUGUGACAUUAUCUUCAUCAUUCUUGCACCAAGAGAACAAAGACGGAAGAAACUGGACCUCUCAAGUGAUUUGUUCUCGUCAUACAUAUAUGAGACUUCCCCUAAACAGGCCUCAACCAAGGAGAAACAGGUGCAUCAUCUAAUCGGCAGAAAGUAUUGCGUGGGCCUGAGGAACAAACAAAUGAGAUGGUGCUGAGGGUUGUAGAUCUUGGCCGGUAUUUUCCUACUCCCGGGAUUAUCACUCCUAAACCUGGAGCUUUUAAGUUGUCUGGGAAGCUCCACAUCUUUGCAUGGGUUGGUUCCUCGUCAGGGAUUGCUUUGGUUGCCCAUUAACUGUAAUAAGGUUUAACAUUGUGCUACGAGUCCAAUGAAUAAGAUGUUGAUUCCCUUGGAGGGUCUCUCUGGCACAUAUUUCUCUGGAGAUUUUCGGAGUUAUGUUGCCUUGUUAGAUAUGCAUCGUUGGAUGUUCUUUCAUGUUA